AUGGGGAACCAAAAGGCCGCAAAGCCCGCUGAGAAUCACGUCUCGGGCCAAUCCAACAAACCGCUCUCUCACCCAGCCCAUGCCUUGUCAUACCAACAGCUGGCUGAGGAGCUCCGCGCCAACGCCCUCAAUGGUCUCUCUUCUCAAGACGCAAAUUCCCGUCUCGAAGAGUUCGGCCAUAAUGACCUUGGCGAAGCCGAGGGCGUUCAGCCCAUCAAGAUCAUCAUCGCCCAGAUUGCCAAUGCCAUGACCAUGGUCCUGAUUCUUGCCAUGGCCGUUAGUUUCGGCAUUGGCUCAUACAUCGAGGGCGGUGUCAUUACUUUUGUCAUCUUGCUCAACGUCAUCGUUGGUUUUUUCCAGGAGUACUCCGCUGAGAAGACAAUGGAUUCCCUCCGUUCCCUCAGCUCCCCCACCGCCAACAUCGUUCGUGACGGUGAAUCCAUGGUUGUGCCCUCCGGCGAAAUCGUCCCUGGUGACCUCGUUGAGAUCAAGACGGGUGACACGAUCCCCGCAGAUGUCAGGCUGAUCGAGGCGGUCAACUUCGAGACCGACGAGGCUCUGUUGACCGGCGAAUCCCUCCCCGUGCGAAAGAACGAAGACGCAACUUUCCCCGAUAACACCGGCCCCGGAGACCGUCUCAACGUCGCAUACAGUUCGUCCAAUGUCACCAAGGGUCGCGCCAAGGGCAUUGUCUUCGCAACAGGCGUUUACACCGAGAUUGGAGCUAUUGCGUCUGCCCUUCGCAAGAAGGAUUCCAAGGUCCGCGAGGUCAAACGCAAGCCCAAUGGCAAGGCAAAGCCUCAUCGGUACCUCGAGGCUUAUACCUUGACUUUGACCGAUGCCAUUGGACGUUUUCUUGGUGUCAACGUUGGCACCCCUUUGCAACAGAAACUCUCCAAGCUCGCCAUGCUCUUGUUCGGCAUCGCCAUCGUCUGUGCCAUUAUUGUGCUUGGCGCCAACAAGUUCGAGGCCAGUCAGGAAGUUAUCAUCUACGCAGUUGCGACCGGUCUGUCCAUGAUCCCGGCAAGUCUCGUGGUCGUACUCACCAUCACUAUGGCGGCCGGAACCAAGCGCAUGGUGAAGCGCAAUGUUAUUGUGCGCAAUCUCAAGUCGCUCGAGGCUCUUGGUGCAGUUACGGAUAUUUGCUCCGACAAGACCGGCACUCUGACGCAGGGCAAAAUGCUUGCCCGUGGUGCUUGGUUGCCUGCUAUGGGAACGUUCACCGUUGAAAACACAUCGUCACCAAUGGACCCCACCACUGGUGAUGUUCGCUACGACGAGCGGUCUCCUAGACACCUCAACUUUAAAAAGGGAGGUGACGCUUGUGGCACCAUCAUGAAGACCGACCAGUUGUUGCAAAACAGCAAGUCGGCCCUAUCCGCGUUCCUCUACGUGGCGUCCCUGGCCAAUCUCGCCACCAUCAACAAGAAAGAUGAUCAAUGGCUUGCCCGCGGCGAUCCCACUGAAAUCGCCAUCCAGGUCUUUGCUUCCCGGUUCGACAUGAAUCGCCUCAAGUUUGUCAGUGGCAGUGACAGCCCCGAGUGGAGCGAGAUUGCCGAGCUUCCAUUCGAUUCAGAUGUCAAGCGCAUGUCCGUCAUCAUGAAGAACAACGCCACGAGCGAGUAUUUCGCCUACACCAAGGGUGCUGUUGAGAGAGUGAUUCAGAUCUGCACAAAGUACGCUCCCAGAGAUGAUGGCGUACUGAUAGACAUCACGCCUGAGUUCCGUGAGGAGAUCCUUCGCAACAUGGAGGCUUUGGCGGGACUCGGGUUGCGCGUUCUCGCACUUGCGAGCAAGCCUUAUGAGGGCACACCCAGCAAGGGCGAUGAGGCUGAGCGUGCUUCGGUCGAAUGUGACCUCGUAUUCCGCGGUCUCGUGGGACUAUAUGAUCCCCCGCGUCCCGAAUCCGCCCCUGCUGUUCGACAGUGCCACGAGGCCGGCAUUUCGGUCCACAUGCUCACCGGUGACCACCCUGAGACCGCAAAGGCCAUUGCCAUUGAGGUUGGCAUCUUGCCCACUCGCAUGGAGCGCGUCGCAAGGAACGUUUCAGAUGCCAUGGUCAUGACGGCUUCGUCGUUCGAUGCAUUGAGUGACGACGAGGUUGACAAGCUUCCUGUCCUGCCGCUCGUCAUUGCGAGAUGCGCCCCAAGCACCAAAGUCCGAAUGAUUGAGGCUCUUCACCGCCGCAAGAAGUUCUGUGCCAUGACCGGUGACGGCGUCAACGACUCCCCUUCCCUCCGCCGUGCCGAUGUUGGCAUUGCUAUGGGUCAGUCAGGUUCAGACGUGGCCAAGGAUGCAUCCGAUAUCGUCCUGACUGACGACAACUUUGCCUCCAUUGUUGCCGCUAUCGAAGAGGGUCGUCGUAUCUUUGACAAUAUUCAAAAGUUCGUGUUGCACGUCCUUGCUGAAAACAUUGCCCAAGCUGGAACAUUGCUGGUCGGUCUCACUUUCAAGGACGCACGCGGGCUGUCGGUCUUCCCGCUUGCUCCUGUUGAAAUUGUCUGGAUUAUCAUGGCCACAUCUGGUAUGCCCGACAUGGGACUUGGCUUUGAGCGUGCUGUCCCAGACAUCAUGCGUCGCCCACCUCAGUCUCUCAAGACGGGCAUUUUCACCAUGGAAUUCCUCGUCGACAUGGUCUUCUACGGCCUCUGGAUCACCGCUCUCUGCCUUUCAAGCUUCUCGCUGGUUGUCUACGGUUUCGGGGCUGGUGAUCUUGGAGAGAGUUGCAACGAAAGAUACAAUGACUCUUGCGACACAGUCUUCCGCGCCCGUGCUACAACUUUUGCCUGCCUCACAUGGUUUGCCUUGUUCUUGGCCUGGGAGAUGGUUGAUAUGCGUCGGUCAUUCUUCCGCAUGCAACCAGGAUCCAAGAAAUAUUUCACUCAGUGGAUGAUUGACGUUUGGCGAAACAGGUUCCUCUUCUGGGCCAUCAUUAUCGGCUUCGUUACCCUGUUUCCCCUGCUGUAUAUCCCCGUCAUCAAUACUGUUGUGUUCAAGCACAAGGGCAUCUCCUGGGAAUGGGGCAUUGUGUUCAUUGCUGCAGGACUUUUCUUCGCUGGUGUCGAAUCCUGGAAAUGGGGCAAACGCGUCUUCUUCAGGAUCCGCAACAGCAAGGAGCUUGGCGUCGCGUGGAAAGACAUGGACAUUGAACAGAGAGUAUUCGGGGAGUACCUCGGCUCCAGCGAUGAUGAUCACCACACCGAAAUUGGCGACGAUGACAUUGACCUGGAGAAGGAGAGGGCGGCCUUGGAGAAGAAGUAA